AUGACUUCCUUAAUCAAAUUCACGGCCCUCCUCUUUAUCUUUGUCAAAAUCGUCGGCACAGCGCCCCCAGAGCAUAUCUUCCAGAAACCUGAAGACUUCCAACGCACUGACGACGAUGUUGAAAACGCCCACCGUCACAAUGCCAACAUCCGAGCAUGGUAUGAUGUGCACAGACGCAACCGCCGAUGGGACAUUUAUCUCGGUCUUUGGCUUGCCAAGCUCGCAGUCGCUCUCCAUAGUUUGGUCGUUACAAACGGCCACUUUCCCGGAUCACUGGCUGGGUGGUGUGCCUACGUGGUGGUGUAUUUCUUCCUUGCUGAGGUGUUGAUGAUUGUAGAGAGUUUUUGGGGUAUUGCCUGUGUCGUAUUUGGGUGGUAUAACCUAUCUGCUAUGUGGUUCAAUCUUUGA